AUUAACUGUGUUUUGUAUGCGUUUUUUCGAUUAUUUCCCGCCGCUUGAAAAUAAAAUUCUGAAUUAUAAAUGAAAAAUAGUUAGUUUAUCGUAAAUACAUAUUGAUUAUUUCCAGUUUUUAAGAAAACUACAAUAUGGGAAAAAAAUCAAGUUCAUCAACCAUCAAAAGUAAAGAAAAGAGACAGGCAAGGAAAUUGGAACAACGUCGAAUUGCAGAUGGAAUGAGUAAUGUAACUUCAGCAAACAAACUGACUGACCUAGCAGCUUUAUGUCGGGAACUGUUGGUAUACCGUAAUAAAGACAUGGAAGUGGAUAUGUAUAUACAAAGAGUAACUGAACUUGACAAGAAUGUGCUGGAAUGGGCGAUCAAUUUAACAGAAAGAAAUAUGAGAAAACUGUAUGAAACAUGUGCUUGGGGCUGGAAUCCCGAACGCAAAGUUGAGGAAAUGACUGAUGACUCUGCAUGGUACCUGAUCGCAAAACAAAAAGACAAGCUGCUGGCUUUCUCACACUUCAGAUUUGACAUGGAUUUUGGCGAACCCGUCUUAUAUUGUUACGAAGUGCAGGUUGAGGCGGAUGGUCGUCGGCGCGGGCUGGGCCAGCGUGUACUCAAGGUGUUGGAGAAGCUGGCACACGCGACGCGCAUGCGCUGCGUUCGGCUCACUGCGCUCACACACAAUCCAUCAGCAUCUGCGUUCUUUAGAGCUUGCGGGUACACUCUAGAUGAGACGAGUCCUUCCAUAGAAGAGGCGACGCAUUAUGAAAUACUCAGCAAAGCGACCGUGCAACAUGAAGGAGGGACAGAUCAUCCGAUCGCUUCCUAGUACUUAAUUUAAUUAAGCAGAAUUAAAAUAAGAUCACAAGGAACAUAGCAAUAAUUGCACAUUC